GUGCUUUUUGCAUUUCAUUUCAACUGUCGACCGAGCAGGGUGUGCAUUACCAUCGUCGUGAGCAUUUCCUCGAGCGCAAAGUGCAAUCGCUUGGGAGAUUUGAGAUUUCUUCCAACACGUUACUUCCUCCAAGUAGUGUGCGGUGGUUGAGUGAAGUAUCGGGAAAAAGUGCCCCAUAACAAAAGUGAGCAUAAAACUUGCAGCAAGUGAAUCGGUGCGGGUUUCGGCUAGCAACAUUUGCAGGAAGUUUUUGCCGAGCAGCAGCAGCAGUGAGACACAUCAGUGUGUGUCAGCGUGCGUGCGUACGUAGUGUGUGUAUGAGUGUGUUGUGUGUGUGUGCGUGUGUUGGAUGCGUGCUAUAGCCGUGCUGGAAGCUUGAAGUGGAGCGUGUAAACGGCAGUGCAAGCGAGAAGAUCUUGUUGACUAUUCAUCUCACACAUUCCCUGUCAAAAAAGCUUUAGAAGGGCCAAAGUAGCCAAGCGACAGUGCAGUGCAAACAGGACGAAGCGUGCGGGGUUACCAUCAGCCGGUAUCAAAAGUGUCGUAAACACGCUGACUAUAAUUUUAGAGCACCAACCAGCCUCCUCUCUGACGCCGGAAUCCUUACCCGUGCAGGUGUAGUGUGGUAGAAGCAGGCAGACACAGCAAGAAAAGCCCCAAGUGUCGCCUCCCCCAGUGUGUGUUCUCAGUGCUCAAAAUGCGUGAAUAUAAAAUCGUCGUGCUUGGUAGCGGAGGUGUCGGCAAAUCGGCCCUGACAGUGCAGUUUGUCCAGGGCAUAUUUGUGGAAAAGUACGACCCAACGAUAGAGGACAGCUACCGGAAACAGGUCGAGGUGGACGGUCAGCAAUGCAUGUUGGAAAUUUUGGACACGGCCGGCACAGAACAAUUCACCGCCAUGCGAGACCUGUACAUGAAAAAUGGCCAAGGAUUCGUGCUAGUAUAUUCCAUCACUGCACAGUCGACCUUCAACGAUCUGCAGGACCUUCGAGAGCAAAUUUUGAGGGUGAAGGACACCGAUGACGUUCCAAUGGUGCUGGUCGGCAACAAAUGCGAUCUCGAGGACGAGCGAGUUGUGGGCAAAGAUUUGGGCAGGAGUCUAGCCGCGCAGUUCAAUUGUGCAUUCAUGGAAACGUCUGCCAAAGCCAAAAUUAAUGUUAACGACAUCUUCUAUGACUUAGUGCAACAAAUCAACAAGAAAUCGCCCGAACGGAAGCCCAAUAAAAAGAAGAAAUCGCUAUGUGUGCUGCUGUAAAAAGAUCUACUUAGGCAAGGGAAGGGUCAAGAAGCUGAUGGCAAAACCGCAAAACUGCUCACACUCACACAAAUCCACACACACGCAGCCGCAUAAGAACAAUCCAUAGGAAUCGAACGUGGGGGAUCUGCGUGGGGUGUGGUAGUGCUGGGGUGAGAUAUGUUAGAUGUGCUGCAAAGGAUUUAAAACAACAGAAUAAUGAAAGGUAGGCAGAAAUGAAGGGUAAGAAAGAUGAUAAUCAACGUGUUAGGAGGAGAUUUGGAGGAAAAGAACAAGGCAAGGGUACAUUGUAUGUGCGUGUGUACCACAUGAGAUAAGAGGAGCUAUGGGGGGGAGGGGUUCUCGAUCCACACUAUGGCGAAAAUAAUUAGGAAGUUUAAGGACGGAUGGGAAGAGCAGUUAGAGUGGUAGAUAUGGACACAAACAAUUGACAUACAUACACAUACACUCUCCCGAAAUAUACAAAAAAAACACACAAACAGAACACUAGACGAACACAAAAAAGUAGACGCUACGAAGGACAGAGAAUAGGGAAAGCGAAGAAGGAUAAAAAAUGUAGUACGCACGAGAAUGAGGAUGUACUGGUAGAGAGAGAGUGUGUUAGCGUUAAUUUAAGGGAUCAUCCGCGCAGAGCAAACACAUCCUCGCUUGAUCAUAUUCAUGUGGAGAAAAGAGGGGGUGGAAAAAUAGGUUCAAGAACAUAACGACUAAGCAUAUAACGUUUACACACAUUAACCGGACAAGAGAAGCAAUCCCAACACCGUGGUACCGGAACGUACACUGUCGAAGCAUUGAUCGACUGGAGUUUUUCAUCGUGACGCUGAAACAGAGAUAAAACAGUCUAUUACGGGAAGAAAUACAUUGACACACACAACUGAAACAACACACUGUGAAGGUUCGGUUCUUCGGUGAGAACAAACCCUCAAUUGCGGGAAGAUGGAGGUUUAUCGACGAUCGUAUAUACCGGCUCCUCCACACACCGGUGAAUCCAUAUCCGUAGUUCUUCUCUUCCGGCAGGAUGCCGAUUCGGCCCUCACCACUGUUAGAAUACACAAUAAUUGUUGCAAUAGAGGACACAGGACGAAAACACAAAAUAAUAAGCAAACGGAAUACGCUGAUCGACCGCGAAAUGUGAAUGUUGAGUAAAAGAAAAACAGUCUACCUUAUACAUAUAUACAUGUAGCUUCUGUUUCUAUUUCUUCUCUCCCUACCUUUCUUUUGCACAUUCUCUCUCUCUCUCUCUGCUCUGCCUUAUUUCAAGUUGAUUUUGAAAGAAGAUUUUCUUAAUAUGAACCCUAAUCGUGAGUGUCUGUACCAUAAGUGAUCGUUGUUCAAGUUGACCAAUUGCUUCACUAAUCUAUCUAUUUCUUUCUCCAUCUUUCUCCCACUCUCUUUCUCUCUCUAUUUUUCUCUCUAUUUCUCUCUCUCUCUCCCUCUCUCUCCCUCUCUCUCUCUCUCUCUCUCUCUCUCUUAUAUUUGCAAACCUGGACACUCGGAUGAAAGGAUCGCAGAUAGGAUUAUAUAUUUUUUUAUUCUUUUAUUUUGUAUUUGCUCUAUGUGGACCGAUGAAGUGAGAUAAUAAAUCAAGCCGCAUUUUGGCGAGGAAUCCUGGCAAAUGGAAUUGACGGUAUGUGUGUGUGAUAACAGCAGACGCGUAGUUAUUGUUGCUAACUACAAGUAAGGAAAGGGUUAGCCGGUUGGAGGAAUAGGGAAUGGUGAAGGUGAGGGAGGAAGUGGGGUUGUAGGGUUCCCAUGGUCUUUUUAAAAAUCGCACCACGCAAAAGCUUUAUUUUUCUACUGAACUGUUCGUGCAGCCUUUCUUCGACUGAAUAAAAUCGAUUUACUCUAUGUGUUAGGACAAGUAAUGAGGUAGAAUAGUAGUCAGUAUUCAAUCUGCGAGGACAGAGAUGAACUUGUCGUUAGCUUCGAUCAAAACAAGCAAUCAACCAAGCAGAGGAAGAAGGUUUCCACGCUUUCGUCUAAUUGAUUACUUAAAACACUCCAAAGGUCGAUUUAAAUGCGCUAACAUGUGAGCCGGUCGAUACCACGUCCGUGUGGAACUGUUUUAAAACCAAACCUAGGGGAAGUGAGACACCUUUCCCGUAAGCUCUAAUAUAUGUGUAGUGCAUUACUGAUGUAAGAAAUGCUGACAUUUCCUGCAUUUCCUGGGAAAAAGAGCAAAGUUAGUAGUCCUUCCUGGUGUGCUUGAUUUUUUGUUGUAGCUAAUUCGCAAUAAUCUGUUAGGCUCCUCACCAUCUAUAGUGAUGUUUGGUGCCAAACGUUAGAGAACGCCUAACGGUUACUAUAAAAGACGGUGGCGCCAUCUGUUGUAUAAGCGAAGUAUGAUUAUAAUUCCAGUUUCUCUACCUGAUCAUAAGCAAGAUCGCAGCAAAGGGGAAACUGAUGGACUGUGCGCGUACUACAUGUUGCACCAUUUUCUUGUAAAAUGCACCCUAACCCCAUUCUCUAUGGGGUUUCACAGGAGCACACAGCUCGCAGCGGUAGCGCUCUUUUACAGUGUAAUCAACGUGGUGUUAGGAUCAAACAAACCGAAUCAAAUUGCAAUUACUAAACAUUGAAAGCAGUGCAGUGCAUAUAGCAGUUAUGAAUAUAAACUUAGCAAAAUGUUACAAAAAUACAGGAGGGAGUGGUGGGUGUAGCGCAACACAGCAAGGUAAAGAGUUAUCUUCUCCUGUCCUGUCUCAAAGUAAUAGGUGUGAUCGUCUCGUUGUAGUGCAAACU